CAUUCAUUAAAUUCCAAAAGUACCAAAAAAAUAAAAAUUAAGAAAAAAAAAUAUUACUAGUGUUUUAUUAUUUCAGACAAAAAAAAAUGGAUUCAAGGAAAGUUGUGAAAGAAGAAAGAGCAGAAGCUGCUGCAAAAAUAGCAGCUGAUGAACUUAGCGACGUGAAUAAAGAGCGAAGGGAUCAAAGUCAAAGAGAUGUUGAUGUGAACAAUAAUAAAGAGCAAAAGGAUCAAAGUCAAAGAGAUGUUGACGUGAAUAAUAAUAAAGAGCAAAAGGAUCAAAGUCAAAGAGAUGUUAAAGCCGGUGUUAUUGGCACGAUAAUCAAAUCCGUUCAAGGUACUCUUGGUCAAGCUAAAGACGCCGUUACUGGAAAAGCUCAUGAAACUGCCCAAAUCACCAGCGACACCGCCGAUGCAGCAGCGGAAAAUGCAAGACGGUCUAAAGACGCCGCAGCUGAUAAAUUAGGCGAAUACGCUGAGGAAAAGGGUAAGGCUACUAAAUCAUCUGUUUCGGAGAAAGCGAAUCAAGUGAAGGAAAAAGCAGGGGAAUAUGCAGAUUCUGCUGCAGAUAAGGCGAAACGGACGAAGGAUUAUGCAGCGGAGAAGGCGAAGGAGGCCAAGGACACGACGGUAGGGAAAAUGGGAGAGUACAAGGAUUACGCGGGAGAUAAGGCUAAAGAAGCGAAAGAUGGUGCAAGUCGUAAAGCAACGGAGUACGAAGAGUAUGCUGAGAGUAAAGCUAAGGAAGCUAAAGAUACAACUGUGCAGAAAACAGGAGAGUAUAAGGAUUAUACGGCUGAAAAGGCGAAAGAAGGAAAAGAUACUGCGAUAGGGAAAUUGGCUGAGCUGAAGGAUAGUGCGGCUGACGCCGCGAAGCGGGCGAUGGGUAUGAUUACGGGUAAAAAAGACGAAGCUCAGCAGAAGGCAGGGGAAACGGCUGAAGCGGCUAAACAGAAGGCAAGUGAAACGGCUGAACAGAAGGCGGAUGAGACGGCGGGAGCGGCGAAGCAGAAGGCGGAUGAGACGGCGGGAGCUGCUAAGGCAAAGUAUGAUGAGAGUGAAGAAGCAACAAGAAGAAAAAUGGAUGAAAUGAAAAUGCACGAAGGUGAUGAUGAUCAUGAUCGAAAAGUUGCUACCGGUGGUAUUUUCGGUGCGCUCGGAAGUAUAUUGGCACCGAAACAUACCACCGAUGAGACUCCUACAGGAGUUGGAACAACGAAGAUCGUGGUGGACGUGGACGAGACUCGAGGAGGUAAGACAGCAACGUCGUUGAAACAGGCCGAUCAGAUGAGCGGCCAGACCUUCAACGACGUUGGAAGAAUGGAUGCUGAAGGGAGUAUUGCUGAAGUUGAAGCUAAGGAUUCAACAGGGAAAAAUGUGAAAGUGAAGUAUUAAAAAAUAGAAUGCACAUCUUUUCUUUCUUUUUGGUUAUGUGUUUUGUAUAACUUUUUGAAUUUGGUUGUAUUUUGCUUUGUGUUUAAGAAGUGAAAAAUAGUAUUUCUGUUUUGUUUGUUUA